AUGGAAGAAAAAUCACAAUUUUUGGUGCCAUUGGCAGAUAAAGUUUCCAGAAAGCCCCGGAGAUCAUGGCCAUGGGAAAAAUUCCUCGGGUGUGCUUGUCUUUUGCUCCUUUUGUACCACACCAACCACCAACAACCCCUGAUCUCAUCGCCGCCAUCGUUAGCAACCUUAUCGGAGCGCUACCUCAACGUCUUAUCUGCCACCAAUCUUGCUGCCAAAUGGUCCUAUGAGUUCACAAAGGCACCUCAUUUAGCAGGAACAAACAUCGAGCUAGCCAAUUGGCAAAAGAAGAAGUUUGAAGACUUUGGGUUAUGUAAUGUGGAAACUGAGGACUUUGACGUUUAUUUGAACUACCCAAGUAAAACAUCUUUAAAGUUGAUCGAUGCCAACAGCGAUGAGAUAAUUUAUCAUCCAACCCUUAAGGAAGACCAGCUUGAUGAGGAUCCUACCACCAAUAGUCCUGGAUUGAUACCUGCUUUCCAUGGCUAUUCUGCUUCGGGGAAUAUCACUGCUAAAUAUAUUUAUGCCAAUUACGGUACGGUUGGUGAUUUCCAGAAGCUAAUUGACAACAAUGUCAAUAUAACCGGUAAAAUUGUGAUUGUUAGAUACGGUAAAAUUUUUAGAGGCUUGAAGGUCAGAUUUGCUCAAAACGCUGGAGCCGUAGGUGUUUUAAUUUAUUCUGAACCUUCGGAUGAUGGGGAAAUUACCGUCGACCAUGGGUAUGCCGCUUAUCCCAAUGGUCCAGCAAGAAACCCAUCGGCUAUUCAAAGAGGAUCUGUUCAAUUCUUAUCCCAAAUUCCUGGAGACCCAACUACGCCUGGCUGGCCUUCCAAAGGCGAUGAUAUUCACAGGGUUGACCCGCAUCACAGUAUUCCAAGUAUCCCCUCUUUGCCUAUUAGCUAUUCAGAAGUAGUCACAAUCUUGAAAGCUUUGAAUGGUCAUGGUUUAAAAUUUGAUGGUUGGGAAGGGGACCUUUCGGAAGUUAACUACAAUAUUGGACCAAACCCUGACUUGCUGUUGAACAUGUUCAACCUUCAGGAUUAUAAAAUCAACAAGAUUUUUAAUGUUUAUGGAGAGAUUGAAGGUCAUCUAAAAGACGAAGUCAUUUUGCUUGGAAAUCACAGAGAUGCAUGGAUCAAAGGUGGUGCUGGUGAUCCAAACUCUGGGUCUGCAACAAUGAUGGAAAUUAUUAGAGCAUUGCAUGAGUUGCAGAUGACUGGCUGGAAACCCUAUCGCACUAUUCGUUUUGCUUCCUGGGAUGGUGAAGAGUACGGUUUAAUAGGGUCAACGGAAUUUGGUGAAUUAUACCACAAGGAGCUUCAAAAGAAAGUCAUUGCCUACUUGAACCUCGAUGUUGGAACCAGUGGCAGUCAUUUGAAAUUGCAAGGCUCUCCACUAUUGUAUAAGCUUCUUAAUGAAAAUGCGCAGAAGAUUAAACACCCAAUUUAUAACAAAACUUUGUUUGAUCAUUUCUAUGAGAAUAAAAAAUUCAUCUCUAUCUUGGGAAGCGGCUCUGACUUCACAGUGUUCUUGGAGCAUUUGGGUAUCGCUUCUAUCGACCUUGGCUUUACCCCAGCCAACAAAGAUCCAAUUUAUCAUUAUCAUUCAAACUAUGACUCUUAUCAUUGGAUGAAUAAGUUUGGUGACCCUGGAUUUAAAUUACACAAUACUAUGGCUAAAUAUUUGGGGUUGGUUACUUUGGACCUUGUUGAGAAUAAAAUUUUGAGAUUUGGGGCCAUUGAAAACAGUGAACUAAUUAAAGAAUUCUUUGAAUUAACAGUGAAAAAAGUACCUUGUCAUUGGUUGAAUGAACCUACAAAUUACGAAUGGACUCUUGUGGGAACUUGCUGUCGUCAACUGAACUUGCCUUUUGAAAAUAGUGUCCUCGACGAAGAGUUUGACGAUUUAUUGCAAGCCUUCAGUGACUCUGGUGUGGUUUAUGAUAACUGGAAUGAUAAUUCACAUUAUUGUGAUCUUGCAAAAAUGAAGGAAAAAUCUUUGAAAGAGAUUAUUUCUUUAACAAAUAAUUCCAUCAACUCUUUUAUUGGGACAUCCUACAAAAUUGAAGCCCGUAUGGUGGAUUUGAAAUUUGAGUUGGAUGAUCUUGAACGACGUGGAUAUUCUCCAUGGAACCCAAUUUAUCGUUGGAAACUUAGUAGAAUCAUGGCUAAAAUUGCAGCAGUAAACUCGAAAUUGAAGUUUGUUGAGCGAUACUUCCUAUACUACAAAGGUUUGACUGGUAGAAAAUGGUUCCGUCAUAUCAUUUAUGCUGCUGGAAGAAAUACCGGCUAUUCUGGUCAAGUGUUUCCAGGCUUAAGUGAGGCCAUCGAGGAUGAUGACAUGCAUGAAUUUGUGAAGUGGUUGUUUAUCAUCAAUUCAAGCAUCAGAAAGGCUAAUAAACACUUAAAAUUGAUGAGUGAAUGA